AUGGAAUACCAAGGUUCUCCACAGCAAGAGGAAGGCGACGCUGCGCUUGCUAAGCGCCUCCACGAAGAGUUAAACCGUUCCGAAGCCUCCGGUCAUCAAGAGCCAAGUGACCAAACUGGAGGCAGGCGACAGGUGGAAUGCCCUAUGUGCUCAUCGGUAAGUGUUGUUGUUGGUGCCGCUGAUGGGGUUCAGCAGGUUUGUGAGCGCUGUAAAGCCACUACUCACGGUGGUUUUGCAAGUGGUGAGGAUAACGAAAAUUAUAGUAUGCAAAAGCUGUUGUUGUGCAAUAUUUGUCAAUCCUACAACAGGGUUCCAAAGGGUACAUUUGAUGCCAUCCUCUGCGGAGCAUGCGGUAAUCAAUUGAAAGCUGGGGGAUCGGUGACUGAGAAUUUGUCACCCGAAGAUACACGGGUUCGGACGCAGGAAAUUCGUGUGCGGUGCCCUAAGUGUUCUAGUAUUAACACGGUAGAGGCCAACACUGAUGCACUUAGUGUUCGCUUUGAAUGUGGUUCGUGCCGAUAUGCUAAUGAAGUUUUUUUUUAG